AUGAGCUCUAGCGAGAGAGGGAAGAAGAUUCCGGUGUUUCUGGCGAAGAAUAAGGAAGCAUCGGAUAAGGAAUCGAGUGUUGUGGCUGUGGCGCAGGUGGCUGUGACGUGGGAUCCGAGGACAAGGAGGUUGGGUUAUAAGGGUCCGGCCGCCGCAAAUGGAGGGGCGAAAGUCGGUGAUUCUUCGUCAAGGAGCGAGGGCGUUGAUGCCGAUGGUAGUGGCAGCGAUGGUGGCGGCAAGAACGAUGGGAAGAACAGGGAGAGAGCCAACUUUGCUGUACCGCUCCCGAGGAAGGAAAUCGAGGAGGAUUUCAUGGCGAUGACCGGACAUCGGCCCCCUCGAAGGCCGAAGAAGAGAAACAGGACAGUGUAA